AUGGGUGGUCUCAACCUCGAGGUUUUCAAGUUCGGCAUGUAUGUCAUGUUCCCCAUCGGGAUCAUGUUCUACUUCGGCACCAACCUCGACCAGCGCUUCACCGUGCCCGACUUUUGGCCCAAGCCCGAGAACGCCAACAAGGUGCCCUUUGACCGCGAAGAGAUCCACGAGGAGCUCGAGAGGUUGAGGGCGAGGAGACUCUACCUCAGGGAGAAGAGGCUGGCGAGCGAGGGACAGCAGCAGCAGAACAACAACAACAACAACAACAGCAGCAGCAGCAGCAACGAGUAG